AUGUCUGAAGAUGAACAGUUGGGAAUAUAUAAUGAUGCGAAUGAAUUUGAAGAAUUUAGCAAAGAAGAUUGGUUGCCAGAUGAAGAGGAUGCUUCAGACAAGAAUGUUUGGGAUGACUCUUGGGAUCAGGGUGAUAUUAACGAAAACGAGUUCACUCAACAAUUGAGGAAUGAUCUGAGAGCGUGGGGCUACCUUUCGGAAAGCUAA